UAUAGGCUAUAGCAAACGUUGCCCUAACAAACAACUCUCUCCCUCUCUCUCUUUGAAGGAGAAGGUAGUGUGAGUGUCGGACAUGGGGAGCUACCAAAACGGCGUCGUGGGUGGGGACCGUAGUGCCACUGCGGUGGACAAGGGCGUGGAUUUCGCCCAGUAUUUCUGCACCUACGCCUUUCUCUACCACCAGAAGGAGAUGCUCUCUGACCGAGUCCGCAUGGACGCUUACUUCAACUCCAUCUUCCAGAACAAGCAUCAUUUCCAAGGAAAGACUGUGUUGGAUGUGGGAACUGGCAGUGGUAUUCUUGCUAUUUGGUCGGCACAAGCAGGUGCAAGGAAGGUCUAUGCAGUCGAAGCAACUAAAAUGUCAGAGCACGCACGUGUACUUGUAAAAGCAAAUAACUUGGAAGAUGUCGUUGAAGUGAUUGAGGGUUCCAUGGAGGAAAUCACUCUGCCUGAGAAAGUUGAUGUGAUUAUCUCGGAGUGGAUGGGAUACUUUCUUCUGCGUGAAUCUAUGUUUGAUUCGGUGAUAUGUGCACGUGAUCGCUGGCUGAAGCCAACGGGAAUCAUGUAUCCUAGUCAUGCCCGGAUGUGGGUGGCUCCUAUCAGGUCUGGAUUGGUAGAUCAGAAAGUGAGCGACUAUCGGGAAACUAUGGAAGAUUGGUAUAAUUUUACAAAUGAAAUAAAAACUAACUAUGGUGUCGACAUGAGUGUUCUUACAAAGCCUUUUUCUGAUGAGCAGAGGAAGUACUAUCUUCAGACGGCAUUGUGGAACAAUCUUCAUCCACAUCAAGUUAUAGGGACAGCUGCUGUAGUAAAGGAGAUUGAUUGUUUGACUGUGACCGUGAAUGACAUCCUUGAAGUCAGAUCAAACUUGUCAUCUUCAAUAACUCUGGAAGACACAAGGCUCUGUGGGUUUGGGGGAUGGUUCGAUGUUCAUUUUCGAGGAAGAACGGAGGACCCAGCUCAGCAAGAAAUUGAGUUGACAACUGCUCCUAGCAUUGAUAAUGGGACACAUUGGGGUCAACAGGUUUUCCUCAUGCAUCCUUCAAUUAGAGUCUGUGGAGGGGAUGACUUAAAUGUUUCUUUCUUAAUGAAACGCUCCAAGGAAAAUCAUAGACUUCUGGAGGUUGAGCUCAGUUGUGAGAUCAAGCAGCAUACUGGCGAGCUGCUUCCACCUUUCAAUAAGACGUUCUACAUUGAGUGAGAAUGAAGAUAGAUCACAUAGUUUUGAUCUAACAUCAACACAGAUAUGUUUGUCUGCAGAUGCGCUUGUGAGAAUUACUGGGAAGAAGUCUGUAGUCCUGUUACUACAAUAUUUUGCUACAUUCCAAUUCUUGGAUGCAAUGAACGUGUCCAAUAUGUUUGACUGCCGGCUGGAUGCUCAAAUUUGGCUAAUUAUAGAAAUCAUGUCUCUGGGUUCCUUUAGGAGUUUUGCAGUCAUUUUUGGCCUGGGUUUUUUUUUUUUUUUUGGUUCUAAUGGAUUCGAAAUGACAAGUGACAAUUCAUGUUUCAACUUCACCAGGAUUUUGUCUCUACGACAUUAUACUAAAAGUCCGUUAUCUUUUUG